GUUAGUUAUUAUGCAGUUUCAAUCUGUCACACUUAUGUCGUAUAGAUCGAUAUAUUACGGUACAAAGGGUUUACAAGUUUUUAGCACUUAAUUUUAUAAAGUUUUAAGAUACUUAAAAAUUAUGGAAACAUGGAGGAAUAGAGUUGCCUUGGUAACUGGGGCAUCAAUGGGUAUCGGAUAUAUAACAUGUAAGAAUCUAGCAAAACAUGGUAUUAAAGUUGUUGGCUGUGCAAGAUCUGCAGAAAAACUGAAGGAUUUAGAAGAACAAAUUGUAGAAAAUGGUGGCCAGUUCCUGCCAAUUAUUUGUGAUUUGCGAAAGCAAGACGAUAUCAUGGAGAUGUUUGAGAUGAUAAAAAAAAGAUGGGGCGGUGUUGAUAUUUGUAUCAAUAAUGCUGGAUUGUCACUGGAUGCUCCUAUUAUUAAUGGAGAUUUUUCUUCAUGGGAAAACAUGUGGCAGGUGAAUGUGAUGGCUCUAUGUCUUUGUACAAGAGAGUCUGUGAAAAUGAUGAGGGCCAAUGGAGUUGAUGAUGGUCAUAUCAUUAAUAUCAACAGUUUAUCUGGACAUCGCUGUGGCAAAGCACACUUUUAUUCAGCUACUAAACAUGCAGUGACUGCAUUAACGGAAGGCAUUAGAUGGGAACUUAGAGAAAUAAACAGUCAUAUCAAAAUAACAAGUAUCAGUCCUGGUUUAGUGAAGACUAACUUUGCCUAUACUGCAGUUGGAGAAGCAGCAGCUGAGGAGUGUUACAGUACAAGACAAAGUCUAGAUCCCCAGGACAUCGCCAAUGCUAUUGAAACAGUUCUAUCUUACCCAUCACAUGUUCAGGUUAGUGAAAUGAUGAUUCGCCCAACAGAACAAGUUGUGUAGGAGUAUUACAUGAACAAAAUACAUUAUAAUAAAAGUGAAGAUACAAUCAUAUAGAUUAAGCUCAUUGAGAAUGUUUGACUGUUUGGUAGUAAACUAUAAAUAGAAGAGACUCCGUGAUAUUGGUUGAGAACUAGUAGAAACUCCAAAAGCAACAUAUACAGUAUAAAUGUAUGAAAUAAGUGUACCUUCAGAUUGUCUAAUCUUCAACAUCAGAAAUGUAGAGAUGUUGAAGUUAAGGGCUUUAACUGGAUACAACAUACAGGUUAUGCAUUACAUUCAUAUGCUAGCUUGAUAUAUGAUUAAAAAUUAGUGUUGGGAUCUAGAGAAAAUGUUUUGUUUUUGAUUCUUUUCAAUGAAUACUUCGCCUUCUUAGUACCUGUAUUGCACACAAUGCACAUUUAAAUCGUUUCCUCAUAACACUGUAAAUUCAUCUCUCUGACAGUAAAUGAAUUGAAAGCUUUCUGUUUUGUUUAUUCAAAAAGUCAAUUUUUGAUGAAAUCAUACACAUUUUAUUUGGACCCUUUGAACCUGAGUGUUAACCAAUUAAAAUAUGGGACCCAAAGUCAAAAAUCUAAAUACACAUUUAGAUUCAGCAUAUAU